AUGAAAUGUUCGUUUCGUCCACUGUUUGGUUUCCUCCUCCUCGUUGUUUUCGUUGCCGCCGUUACCGAACUUCAAAGCAUUGUGCUUUUCCAGCUCCAACCUCCCACACCAGAGACCCUGCUAAAAUACGCCGCCAUCGACACCGUUGAAGAACAAUGGAAACACGAAAUCCAGCAGCUUUUGGAUUCAAACCUCGGCAACCAGGCACGUGUCCCCGUAACGUUGCGUUCUCCGUUGUUCCAAAGAUAUUUGCCUGAUUUUCAAAGGGCUCUGCGUGAUUGGGCCUUAAAGAAGAGUUUUCAGUUUCAGCCCAAUAUUAUGUCAGAGUUGACACGCUUAGUGAAAUAUCCCAUUGAGUUGGUGGGUUCAUAUGAGAGGUACUCUUCGUGUGCUGUUGUUGGGAACAGUGGGAUUUUGUUGAACAAAGAUUAUGGGAAGAUGAUUGAUUCCCACGAGGUUGUUAUUCGGUUGAACAAUGCGAGGGUCGAAGGUUUUGAGAACAAGGUUGGGUCAAAAACAAACAUUUCCUUUGUGAAUAGUAACAUAUUGCACGCUUGUGCGAGAAUCGUGGGGAAGGGUUGUUUGUGCCACUCUUAUGGAGCUGACGUGGCAACGGUUAUGUACAUUUGUCAACCCGCACAUUUCAUGGAUUACAUUGUGUGCAAUUCUUCCCUCAAAGCCCCUUUGUUGGUAACUGAUCCACGGUUCGAUGUGUUGUGUGCUCGGAUUGUCAAGUACUAUUCUUUGAAGCUGUUUUUUGAGGAAACAGGGAAGGUUUUGGAACAAUGGGGCCCAGCCCAUGAUGAAGUUUAUUUUCAUUAUUCUUCUGGUUUCCAAGCGGUGAUGUUGGCUUUGGGAAUAUGUGAAAAUGUUAGUAUGUUAGGGUUUGGGAAAUCAGCUUCUGCUAAACAUCACUAUCAUACCAAUCAGAGGGCUGAACUUGGUUUGCAUGACUAUGAGGCAGAAUAUGCAUUUUACCGUGACCUUUUGGAAGGACAUAAGCCAAUACCAUUUAUUUCGGACAAUAUCAAGAUUCCUCCUCUUGUCAUGUAUCAAUGA